CACACACACACAAAAAAAAAAAAAAAGGCGAAAAACGUAGAAAUGGGAUUCGUGAUAGGGAGCUCCUGCUAUUUGCAAACUCCCAUUUUCAAUUCUCAACUGCUGUUUUCUUCUUCUUAUUAUUCUGCUUCUCAAUCCGUUUACUUUAACCUCAGAGAUGCAAAGUCCAAGAGAAGAAGGAGAAGCUUCAGGCCUCCAAUGGCUUAUCUGUCUCAUCAAGAUCCAACCGAACUGGUUUCUCGAAAGAGGAGGACGGUUCUUCUUGUGGGUAUUUCCAUUCUUCCUUUCAUCCAGCUCAGAGCCAACGCUAUUGAAGUCUCCACCUUAAAAAACAAGGCAGAAAGUGAGCUAAAGAAGCCAGAGGAAAACCAGAAGGCAGAGGAAGCACUGGGAGAUUUGCCAUCUAAUCCCUUUCUGUCUAUUCUGAAUGGUCUUGGAAUUUUUUGUACAAGUUUGCUUGCUCCACUCUAUGCUUCGGUUCAGAAGGAUAAGAAAGCAACUGAUCAAGCCCUAGAGUCGUUGAAGAUUGCAAGAGAAGGAAGCUGCAAUUUUCUCAAUGGAGAAAGACUUUGAAUCAAAGCUGCUAAAAGAACGUGAAAAACAAAUGCAGCAACUCAAAAAGGCAAAGGAAGAACAUCUGUCUUUAAUGGAUAAACUAAAUUCAGCUAAGAAUACAAUUUCAAGUUUAGCACAGAACCUUAAAAACAAGAAGAAGUUAAUUGAGAACCUUAGAGUUCAAAUAGACAGUCUCCAAAGCAACCUCUCGAAAGCCGGGGAAAAAGGAUCUCUUGAACAAGAACUGAAGGAAAAGCUUGAUUUAGUGAUGUCUUACAAGAAAAGUUAACCUGCUCAGUUCAGAACUCAAAGAUAUGGAAAAUAACAUUCAAAAGCUCAGCUCAUCCCUUGCUGAAAAGGAAUCAGAGUUAAAGAAACUUGAAAUUACUCAUAAGAAAACUAUGGAAGAACUUGGGAAAGCAAGUUCCAAGAUCGACGGUUUGAGAGAAGAACUACAGAGAAAUCAAAGUGAACUUCAAUCGAAAAAUUCUGUGGUGGAUGAAUUAAAUGCAAGGAUAGGUUCCUUAACAGUUGAUGCUGAACUUUUGAGGGAAAGAGAAAAAGAAAUUCACUAUUUAAAGGAAAAACUUGAGGUUGCCCUAAAUGAUGCAAGUGAAAAUAAAGCAAUUGUUGCGGAUUUGAUCAAGGAAAAAGUGAACCUGAAGAAAGCACUUGAGGCAGAGUUGCAGAAUGUAAAAAAC